AUGGCGGCGGGAGUAGCAGCAUGGCUUCCCUUUGCCCGGGCAGCAGCCAUUGGCUGGAUGCCUGUGGCCAACCUGCCCAUGCCAGUGGCUCCUGCUGAGAAGAACAAGCGACAGGACGAGCUCAUAGUGCUGAAUGUGAGCGGCCGGCGCUUCCAGACCUGGAAGAACACACUGGACCGGUACCCUGACACUUUACUGGGCAGCUCAGAGAAGGAGUUCUUCUACAACGAGGAAACCAAAGAGUACUUCUUUGACAGGGACCCUGAUGUGUUCCGUUGUGUCCUCAACUUUUACCGCACUGGUAAACUCCACUACCCUCGAUAUGAGUGUAUCUCCUCCUAUGAUGACGAGCUGUCCUUUUUUGGCAUUGUCCCUGAGAUCAUUGGAGACUGCUGCUAUGAAGAGUAUAAGGACAGGAAGAGGGAGAACGCAGAGCGCCUCAUGGACGACCAGGAGGACAACAAGGAUGCCAAGCUUCCCAACAUGACGUUCAGAGAGACUAUGUGGCGAGCUUUUGAGAACCCCCACACCUCCACCAUGGCCCUGGUCUUCUAUUAUGUCACAGGUUUCUUCAUUGCGGUGUCAGUCAUCACUAAUGUGGUGGAAACAGUCCCCUGUGGGUCUGCCCCCAACCAGAAAGAAGUGCCAUGUGGUGAGCGCUACACAGUGGCCUUUUUCUGCAUGGACACGGCCUGUGUCAUGAUCUUUACCGUGGAGUACUUGAUGCGCUUGUUCGCAGCCCCUAGCCGGUACCGCUUCAUGCGUUCUGUAAUGAGUAUCAUUGAUGUGGUAGCCAUAUUGCCCUACUACAUUGGCCUGGUGAUGACUGACAAUGAAGAUGUGAGUGGUGCAUUUGUGACACUCCGAGUUUUCCGCGUGUUUCGUAUCUUUAAGUUCUCACGACACUCACAGGGCCUGCGGAUCCUGGGUUACACUCUGAAGAGCUGUGCCUCAGAGCUGGGCUUCCUGCUCUUCUCUCUUACAAUGGCCAUAAUUAUCUUUGCAACCGUCAUGUUCUACGCUGAAAAGGGUUCAAGCUCCAGCAAAUUCACCAGCAUCCCAGCCUCCUUCUGGUACACCAUCGUUACUAUGACAACACUCGGGUAUGGAGACAUGGUUCCCAAGACAAUCGCGGGGAAGAUUUUUGGCUCGAUCUGCUCCUUGAGUGGUGUGCUGGUAAUUGCUCUGCCUGUCCCUGUCAUCGUGUCCAACUUUAGCCGCAUCUACCACCAAAACCAGAGAGCAGACAAGCGGCGGGCGCAGAAGAAAGCACGUUUGGCCAGAAUACGAAUCACCAAGACGGGGAGCUCAGGUCCCUUCAUCCACGGCAAACGCAACGGCCUGUUUAAUGAAGCCUUGGAGUUAACGGGGUCCAAUGAGGAGGAACAGCACCUGAGCAAAUCUACCUCCCUAAUAGAGAGCCAGCAUCACCACCUGCUGCAUUGUCUGGAGAAGACCACAAACCACGAGUUUGUAGAUGAGCAGUAUUAUCAGCAGAGCUACCUGGAGGCAGGGUUACAGAAUUACCCUUCUCGAAGCCCCUCCCUCUCAAGCCAAGACGGCGUCACAGGCACAUGCUGCACCCGCCGAAGCAAGAAGCGCCAUACACCUCUACCUAACGCCAGUGGGCCUGCGCACAUGCAGCCUCUGUCCCACACACACACACAGGGGCUGCAGGAGCUCAGCACUAUCCACAUCCAGCCCCUCAGUACCAGCCGCUCUAGUCUGAACAUGCGUGUGGAUGAGCAGGCGCCUCUGAACUGCCAGGGCAGUCAGAUCACCACAGCCAUCAUCAGCAUUCCCACACCACCAGUGACCACUCCUGAGGGCGACGCCCACCUACCCACAGGCCCCACCCACCAAAACGUCGUCAAGGUGUCGGCACUGUGA